UACAGAAAGGGCAGCAGCAGCUUUAUAUUCCAUUAACAGAAUAUCCCCUUCCUAAUUUCUUUAUGAGCUGAUCACCUCUGCUCUCUCACUUUCUCACCAUCACCCUUUCAUUUCUUCUGCAUUCUCAGCAGCUUUAAUUUGCUCAUCUCAAGAAGACGAAUCAUGAAGGUGGUUGCUGCUUAUUUGCUUGCUGUUUUGGGUGGAAACAAAAUCCCAUCUGCUCAAGAUAUCAGGGUUGCUGCUUAUUUGCUUGCUGUUUUGGGUGGAAACAAAACCCCAUCUGCUCAAGAUAUCACCACCAUUCUCUCCUCUGUUGGAGCUGAAGCUGAGGUUGAAAAGAUCGAGCUGCUUAUUGCUGAACUUAAGGGCAAGGAUAUAACUGAGCUUAUUGCCUAUGCGAGGGAGAAGAUGGCAUCAUUACCUACAGGCGCUGUCGUUGCAGCUGCUGUGGCUGCAGUCCCCUCUACCGUCGAUACUGCUGCUCCUGUUGGAGCUGAGGCUAAGAAAGAGGAGAAAGAUGAUGCUAUGGACUCUGAUGAAGACAUUUGCUUCUCUCUGUUUGAAGACGAGUAAGGACUUGGGCUCUUCCUUGUAGUUUCGCUUGGAAUUAGGCUUCUAAUGUUGCUAGACACUGGUUGUUGAAAUUAUCAGAUUUUCUUUCUUGGAUUGAUGAUCUUUUGCUUUGAGCAGCAAGAAAACAAGCUUUUAAUCUUGACUGUCUGAUUACCUAGUUUAUAUAUAUUUUGCUAUUUCUCUUUUUGUUCAA